AUGCGUGGCGGCUUUCAUAACAGCAUUAUCAGUACUCCUAGCUGCUUGGUUUAUUUUUCAAGAACGCCCAGUAGUUUUUCUGGCAGAAUCCUACCAACACCUGAUUUACAACUACCCAUUUCCAGCAGUCACCAUAUAAUAUCCAGAAAAACAGAUAUUCCAGUUUCUGAUGUCGACGAAUUUUUUGAGUCGUUUAUUUAUUUGUUAAAUAACGAUAAAGAGUACGAUUACAAUAACAAAGAUAAUGAAAUACUGGAGAGUAUUUUGAAAGUUGAAAAUAAAACUAUUGAGAAGUCGGUAGCACCAUCUUGUUCCGAUUUUCUCAAACGUUGUAUUUGGAAAGGAAAUGAAGAUAGAUGCAAGCAAUUAUUUACACAAACUAAAACAGCGAACGGCUAUUGUUGCUCAUUCAACUACAUCCAAUAUAAACUAUAUGCAAAAGAAUUACAAGAACCUAAAAGAGUAUCAGGUGUAGGUUACCAAUCUGGAUUGGAGGUACUGCUGGACAAUAAUCCUGAUGAUUAUUUUGUAACAGAUAUAUCUUCUGUUGGGUACAGGAUCUUAAUACACCUAAGUGAAGACUUCCCAGAUGUAGCAUCCAGUAACAUACUGUGCUCUAUAGAAACCAACACUCUGAUUGGUAUAACUCCAUUAAUAGUCAGCGCAUCAUCAGGUCUGCGCAGAAUGCCUCUAUAUCAAAGAAAUUGUUUGUUUCCUGACGAAAGACGGAUGACUUUUUUUCCUUUUUACAAUUUUCACAAUUGUCUGGUUGAUCAUAAUGCCAAAAUUACUUAUGAAAAGUGCGGAUGUAUUCCAUUCUAUAUUCCGAACAGAGAAACUAAAAAGAAAUGGAGAGUGUGCACACCUAAAGAUGCAUUAUGUGUGACUCAAUAUGAAGAUCUUUAUGAAACCAACAAAGAAAAUGUGUCAAGUUAUGAUUGCCCAGAAGAUUGUGAAACUGUGAGAUAUUCGACGGCUUGCUACCAAGGAUCAUUCGAUGUACAUUUUACAAACCGUUUUGGCAUGUAA